UCACACUCUACCUAACAACGUUCACAACGUUUGACCUAAGAGACCUGGAACUAACACACCGAGAAUCAUAACAAUUACUUUGAAAUAAUUCAAUAAAUUCUCGUUAUAUUUUUUUAAUUGAGUGAAUAUUAAUUUAAAUUUAGAUGGAUUGCCACUGUCCACUAACCCCACCAAUGGGGCCAUCAUUGAGCAGUUUUUGUAGUGGCUCAGUAUUAUUUUUAUUUAUGAGUUUACUUGAAGAGUUUUUGCGACGACGUUGUGACAUUAAGGAUCCAUGCAAAGUAUUCUCUGAAGACGCAAAAUUUAAUCCUUCAUAUGAUUUUAUUGUCAUUGGUAGUGGAAGUGCAGGAUCAACAGUAGCCGGACGUCUUGCUGAAAAUCGACAAAUAUCUGUACUUGUAUUAGAAGCUGGAUUAGAGGAACCGAUUUCAGCACAAGUGCCUGCUUUUUUUGAAAAUUUAGGUGGCACUGAGAUUGAUUGGCAAUAUGAAACUGUACCUGAAAAGAAUGCUUGUCUUAACAAUAAUGAACAACGGUGCCAAUGGCCUAGAGGAAAAGUUCUAGGUGGCACUAGUGUUAUAAAUGGAAUGAUGUACAUGAGAGGCUCAAAAAAAGACUUCAAUGAUUGGGCAGAAAUGGGUAACAAUGGUUGGUCUUAUGAAGAUGUCAAACCAUAUUUUUUAAAGAGUGAAGACAAUCAACAAAUUGAACUUGUUGACAACGGAUAUCAUGCAACAGGAGGUAGAUUGUCAGUAACGCAAUUUCCAUAUCAUCCUGCAGUAUGUGAUUCGAUAAUUGAGGCUGGCAAAGAACUUGGAUAUGAUAAUGUUGAUCUUAAUGGACGUAAUCAUACUGGUUUUGCAAUAGCUCAAACAACGUCACACAAUGGAUAUCGAGUUUCAACAGCUCGUGCAUUCUUACGACCAUUACAUAAUCAGAAAAAUUUACAUGUUAUGCUAAAUUCAACUGUCACAAAAAUUAUUUUUAAUUCUGAAAAAGUAGCAAUUGGAGUUGAAUUUUUUAAAAAUGGUCAACUUCAUUUUGUUAAAGUUGAGAAGGAAGUUAUCGUCAGUGGAGGAGCAAUAAAUUCACCACAAAUUCUUUUAAACAGUGGAAUUGGACCGAGUGAAGAAUUACGUGAAAUCGGGAUAAAAACAAUACAUAAUUCACCUGGUGUCGGUAAAAAUCUUCAUGAUCAUGUUUCAUACGAGCUGAGCUUUAAUAUGAACAAUACAAUGGAGCCACUACUUAGUUAUGACACAGUAUCAGAUUAUCUUUUUGAUAAAAAUGGACUUUUAUCAGGAACUGGAGUGGCUCAGCUAACAGCUAUGAUUAACACAAAGUAUGCAAAUUGUCAAGAUGAUAAUCCAGAUAUUCAAUUAAUAUUUGAUGGUUAUAUUUCAACCUGUAACGAUGCUUCAAUAUUGAAGAAAAAAAAUACAGAAAAAGGAACUCUGAAUGUUUAUCCUACAUUAAGUCGUCCAAAAAGUAGAGGAUAUCUUCGUCUGAAAAAUAAUGAUCCUCUCUCAAAACCUCUGAUGACUGCACAAUAUUUUACGAAUCCAGAAGAUGUUAAAAUUUUGAUUGAAGGAAUAAAAUUCUCCAUCAAACUAUUCGAGACUCAAGCUAUGGCUAAGUAUGGUUUUACACUUGAUAAAACACCUGCACAUGGAUGUGAAUCACUGGUGUUUGGUAGUGAUGAUUACUGGGAGUGUGCAAUGAAACACGAUACUGCAGUGCAAAACCAUAUAGUUGGUUCAUGCAAAAUGGGACCAGACAAUGAUCCACUAGCUGUUGUUAAUAACAAACUUCAAGUUCGGGGAGUACAAGGUGUUCGCGUUGCUGAUGCAAGUGUAUUUCCUAAAGUUACUACGGGAAAUACACAAGCUCCAACGAUUAUGAUAGGCGAGAGAGCAGCAAGUUUUAUUAUUGAUGAUUGGAUAAUUAAAAAAAAAAAUCCUAAAAUAAUUUGUCGUUGA